ACAGCACAGUGGGAGCAGAGACCAUGGAGUCCUCUUCUCUACUUCUCUGCAAAGGGCUCCUGCUCACAGCUUCCUUCUUAACCUGCUGGAAUGCACCCGCCGCUGCCGAGCUCACUAUUGAAUUAGUGCCACCCAUGGUUGCUGAAGGCGGAAACUCCGUUUUGUUUGUGCAUGAAAUGCCAUUGAAUGUCCAGGCGUUUUACUGGUACAAACAGAGAGAUCCGACGAAGAGCUAUGAAGUCGCGCGGUACUUAACACCCACCAACGAAAGUUCGAAGAUGCCUCAGCACAGCGGCCGGAAAACCGUAUUCUACAGUGGAUCCCUGCUGAUCAGAAACGUCACCCAGGCCGACAGUGGAGUCUACACCUUACUAACAUUUAACACAGAAAUGCAAAGCGAAUUAACACAUGUGCAUCUGGAAGUACGCGAGCCUGUGGUACAGCCCACCCUCCAAGCAGACAGCACCACAGUAACAGAAGCUGGUUCUGUGACCCUCACCUGCCUCUCAGAAGACCCUGGACUCUCCAUCCGUUGGUUCUUCAAUCACCAGGGCCUGUAUUUCAAUGACAGGAUGACUUUGUCCCAGAAAAACAGCAGACUCAGCAUAGACCGAGCCAGGUGGGAGGAUGCCGGGGAGUAUCAGUGUGAGGUCUCCAAUGGGUACAGCUCUAAGAUGAGCCUCCCAGUCCAAAUAUCUGUGGUGAGUGAGUGACCUUGCCUCUCGUCGUGUGCCGCAGUGGGGAGACUUGUUUGUCAAUAAGAAAAGUGAAGAAAAAUUCUAGGGAAGACACCAAGACAGCCAGCGUGGUGAUGAAGACCUGCCAUCUCAGGAUAAAACACGAGUCAGGGGGCUGGAGAGAUGGCUCAGAGGUUAAGUGCACUGACUGCUUUUCCAGAGGUCCUGAGUUCAAUUCCCAGCAACCACAUGGUGGCUCAUGACCAUCUGUAAUGGCCCUCUUCUGGUGUUAUAAAUAAAUCU